UGUACCGGUGAUGAUUAUUAUUUAUUAAGUUUGCUACGACGGCCUACCGGCUGCCUUUGUCCUUUAUUGAAGCACGGCGUUCAGUGGGCAGUGGCGACAAAUUUUCUCAUCUUCUUCACAAAAUUUACAAAAAUCAUAAUCAUUGUUUAUAGAUAGAUUAAUAGACAAACCUUGCGUCGUAUACACGGUCGUUUUUGCUACAUUGAUCAUGAGUAAUUUCAAUGGUGAGACUUAUAGAAAUUGGCUGGCUCAUUUCCGAGUUAGUGAUUUGAAAUUACUUUUGGGAGCUUUCGGACAAAGUAUAGAAGGACGAAGACCUGAAUUACGAGAAAGGGCGUUGGAAUUAUUAAUUUCUAUACCAGAUGGCUUUAACUAUAUAGCAUAUCGAGCAAAAAUAUAUGAUAUACACCUUUCUAUGAGUAUUCAGCGGGGGCAGAGGACGCAUAUGAAUCAGCAACAAAUCUCACAACAAAGAACUUACCAACUACCACAAUAUCCUCAACAAUCAGUUCAUAUGACCAGUGCUAGAUUACCACAGUUUCCGUCCAAAAUAGAAGGACUCAGACUUGGGUACCCUACAGGUACAAAUUCUUUUCCUAGAAAUACUGUGGCUAACAAUCACAUUCAGUGUGUAUCUGGCAGUUAUCAGCCAGUCAGACCUCAUACUGUUGUUUCAUCGCAAUUGCCAACAAAUCAAAAUACAUCAUACCUUGUUUUGAAUCCACAAACUAGUGGAAACAGUAAUGCCUCUGUUUCCAUCCCAUCUUCUCAAAUUGUAGCAGAUUACAAGUUCAAGAAGCUACCAUUUUAUGAUGUUAUUAAGGAUACAAUUAAACCAACUUCUCUUAAUGGUUCAAAUACUGUAACAAAAUAUGCCAAAGGUAUGAUAAAAUGUGAAUUCAAAUAUACCAUGUCAAAUGAAGAAAUAGAGCUUAUUGCAAUGAAUCGGGACACUUCCAAUGGCAAAUGUGAUUACCCAAUAAAUUGUCAGAUUCGAAUUUGUCAGUUGGAACAAAUUGUGAAUACUGAGGUAACUGAUGAGUUGCCCAAACAACUUUUUAUUCAAAUCAAUGGUACAACUUGUCCAUUGCCAUCUUUUCUUCCGGCGCAACCAGGAAAAGAGUCUAGACUAACUUCUGGACCUAUUAACUGUGCGCAGAUUUUAAAACUUAAUCCAAUUUUUCCAAACUUGAUCACUAUAAAUUGGAUUCCUGAUGGGAAAGAAUACGCCCUUGCAAUGUUCAUUGUAAAACAAGUGAGUGCAGAUACUUUGAUAAAAAAACUUUAUGUUGAUAAAGUGAGAAGUUUAGAAGAAACAAAACAUGAUAUUAUUAAAAAGUUGACAGUUGUUGAUCCAGAUUUGGCCUCUACAUCUAUAACUGUUUCCUUGGUGUGUCCAUUGAGUACAGUUAGAAUGAAGAUACCUGCAAAAUCUAUCCAUUGUAAUCAUUUACAGUGUUUUGAUGCAGGUACAUUCAUUUUAAUGAACGAGAAAAAGCCCAAAUGGAUGUGCCCAACGUGUUAUACAUCUUGUUUGUAUGAUGAAAUACGAAUAGAUGGUUAUUUUUUGGAAAUUGUUGAAAAUCUUGCACUUGGAGAUGACAUCAAGGAAAUCGAACUUUUGGAUGAUGGUUCAUGGAUUGUACCUGAAAAAAAUACAGACAUCAAAAACACGAUUGAUACUAUUGAUGAUACAGUUAUCGAAAUAGAUGACUUAGAUAUAUCCACUGAUUCGAAAGAAGAACCUAGGCCAGAUGUUUCAAAAUGCCAGGAAGAUGAAGCCUUGGAAAAAUAUGUUGCGGAUUUGAUAAUGGAUGACGAAGAAGAACCAUCAAAACAAAAAGAUAAACCCGAAAAUAUUGAUUAGAGCGCAAUUAAAACUAUAAGGAUAAUAAACAGUUACCAGUAGUUUUUCAGAGCAAGAAGAAGAAAUUCAAAUAAACAUUUUGCCGGUCCUUCAAGUCCUGCCACUGCAACUGAAAUCUCAAUUUGUUCAUAUUACUUUUAUUAUUUUUAUUAUUAUUGUAAGAACAAUUUUUUAUCAUAAAAUAUUCUUUGGCUAAUAUCGUUUGCAUAAUUUUGUAUACUUAAUCUAUGUUUUUUUUGUAACUUACAUGUAACUUCACCCGAGGCAGAGUGGCCUGCCGGGCAACCGGGACAAUGCCCGGUGGCCUGGCUAGCUUAUAUAAGAAGUGGCCUGGUCCUGGUGUGAUGAAAAUAAUUAAUGUUUAAAAUAUUUAUCUAUUUUUGAGAACUGUAAAAAC